AUGGAUGAUAAGCCCGGUAUGGACGCUACCCAAAUUAGACUUUAUUUAUCUGAAUGUCGAGAAAUCGACGGGGAAUUCAACGUAGUUCUCAAUUCAGAGAAAGAUAAAAAGAAGAUCAGCGUCAAAUCGUUUAAUGAUCUACAGGCAAUCAGAAUCAGGUAUCAGGACCUAGUGGACGACCUGAUUGCGGAAAACAGUCUGCUAGUAGGCAGACUUAUGGAAGCAAGAACCCAUAAACCAUAUGUAGGAAUCAAGCAGCAAAAGGCGACUGCCCUAGCAGCCGAGUUGGCUAGUAAGCCAAAGAAACCAGCUAUGGCUGGUGCACCGGUAGCAGGAGGCUCCAAGCCUACGAAGACAAUGACGUACGCCGAAAGGGUACGGUUCCGCGAACCGAUAACAACGGAUACGGAAGCGACAGCUACCAGCGAUCAGUUUACCGUUGUACGAAGGAAGAAAAACAGGAAGCCGAAAAAUAANACCAUGGAUGAUAAGCCCGGUAUGGACGCUACCCAAAUUAGACUUUAUUUAUCUGAAUGUCGAGAAAUCGACGGGGAAUUCAACGUAGUUCUCAAUUCAGAAAAGGAGAAGAAGAAGAUCAGCGUCAAAUCGUUUAAUGAUCUACAGGCAAUCAGAAUCAGGUAUCAGGACCUAGUGGACGACCUGAUUGCGGAAAACAGUCUGCUAGUAGGCAGACUUAUGGAAGCAAGAACCCAUAAACCAUAUGUAGGAAUCAAGCAGCAAAAGGCGACUGCCCUAGCAGCCGAGUUGGCUAGUAAGCCAAAGAAACCAGCUAUGGCUGGUGCACCGGUAGCAGGAGGCUCCAAGCCUGCUAAGACAAUGACGUACGCCGAAAGAGUACGGUUCCGCGAACCAGCAACAACGGACACGGAAGCGACAGCUACGGAUCAGUUUACCGUUGUCAGAAGGAAGAAAAACAGGAAGCCAAAAAACAAGAAGCAACAUUUGACCUCAGGGACUGACUCUGGUACCGAGACCAGAUCUAAGGUCAAACCAGAUGUGAUCCAGAAGAAAGCAAAGGCCGAGAGGCUCAAGAAAAUAGAGCCACCCAAAACGUUCACUGUCGGAGUAGGUACCUCCACCGUAGGGGACGUUAAGAAGAUCUUAUGGUCGGAUCUUCUCAAAAAACUGGAUGCACCAAAUAUUGUAAGUACGCGAGUAAUGCCGAAGGGAGACCUCCAAAUCACACCGGCAAAUAAAGCGACUUACGAUGCACUGAAGAUAAUAUCGUCGGAGCGUACAGUCGUUGUGCAAAACACACUGCGCAAACCGAUGGUAAUGAUACACGAUGUCGACGUCACCCUAACAGGAGAGGUAUUAGCUUCCACACUCGCCAUACAAAACUCCGUACUUGGGCUAAGUUCAGAAGAAGCAAUAGAGGGAUUUAAACCGUCUUUCAAAAGAUGCCCGCCAAACAAAGAAACCGUACAUUGGGUAUGCUUGGUCAAACCCGAAGUUCUAAGCAAAAUCGUAGGGAAAAAAGUGUUUCUUGGAAUGUCCUGUUGCAGGAUUACUGAGUACUUCGAUUAUAAUCAGUGCUUCAAGUGUCUGCAAUACGGACAUAGGGAAAAGUUCUGUGUGUCGUUGUUCACCGCGUGUUACCACUGCGCGGAGAAAGGUCACACUGGUAAGGACUGCCCUAACAAAGAAAGACCGUCCAAAUGCAUCAACCGUAAAAAGUCGCACGAAGCAAUAUCACCUCUGUGUGCAGAGCGCACGAAGGCGAUCGAUAAUGUCAUGCGAAGGACGUCAUACGGUAUCCCGCAAUGACCAGCAACCAAGCACACAAACUUACGGAGUUAAGGAUCGUUCAGCACAAUCUGAACAAUCAACAUAUCGUCGUAGAACAAUUGAGGGACUACUGUAUAGACAACAGGGUUGAUAUAGCCUUAAUACAGGAGUUCCCAUCAAAGAACAGGACCAUUAAAGGAUUAGACCACGACCCAAUUAGAUGCAUUGUUGGUGGUACGGGACAAAAGCCCGGUGCCGCUAUCAUUGUGUUCAAUGUGGGUCUGGAGGUCACAGUGCUAAGAAAUCUGUCCAGUGAUUACUUUACGGUAAUAACAGUAAGCAUUGGCAGAGAAAUAAUCAACUUUGUUUCAUCAUACUUCAAAUUCAACAUUCUUCCGAACAGGAGAGGAGCCUUAGCCUUACAGAGAAUCCAGGAAGUAUCGGCCAACAUUGAACAACAAAGAACGGAGCGUAGACCGGUAGAGGAGCUUUUCGGUUGGGCUGAAAUGGCUGGGCCAGCGUGCCAUUUGGCACGGGAAGCCCUAAACCGCUACCGGGAUCACAAGAAGAAUUCGAAACGGCAAGCACAAACAGAAUGGGAAAACAGGAGGAAUAAAGAUACAAAACCAUCACACUGGGACACCAAAAGGGACCAGGGUAGUGAACGAGUAGACACAUCAAAAAUCGUUUUCGCCCGAGCGUAGCGGCUCUGAGCGGAAGUCUUCGGAAGUGGUUCCGGGUAGGCUCGGGGGAAGCUCCAGACCACCAUUCCGCACGAGACAAUACGUGCACGGAGCGAAACCAUGGUUCGAUCUCCGGUUAGUCCCGCCGACGUGGUCCCUUCCCAACCCAGGAAGGAGACCGAUAUUGUUAAAAAUAUGACUUUAACGGACAUUUCCAUUGACCAGCCCCAAACUCGGGGCAGAACAAGCGACUGCGC